AUGACCACUGAUACAGAAGCAGCAGACUCUGGACUCUGUCUGGGUAGCCAGACGUUGUUACGCAUGUGCCCGAGAUGUAUGCAGUGUGAUACAAAAUUUGACUUCAUAACUAGAAAGCAUCACUGCCGAAGGUGCGGGAAGUGCUUCUGUGACAAGUGCUGCAGUAAAAAAGUGCCUCUGCCUCGCAUGUGCUUCGUGGACCCUGUGCGCCAGUGUGCUGAAUGUGCCCUCGUCUCUCAGAAGGAAACGGAGUUUUAUGACAAGCAGCUUAAGGUGCUGAUGAACGGUGCUACGUUCUUUGUAAGUCUGGGAACAUCUGAUAAAUCUGAGCUCAUGGUUUGUCGACUUUCCAACAAUCAGAGGUACCUGGUUUUGGAUGGAGACAGCCACUAUGAAAUUGAAAUUGUACAGAUUUCAAGUGUUCAGAUACUUACAGAGGGAUUUACUCCUGGAGAAAAAGAUACUCACACUUACACCAGCCUUCUGGAGAGCCAGCAUAUUACGGAAGGAGGCAACACCCGUGCCAUAGGUAUGAUGCUGCAGUAUAAGGUGCCUACGCAGAUGAAGCUUACAGCCAGCGAAGACUUCAGCUGCAACAGGAAGCUGUCAGCAAGCUGGCUGGCAGCCAUGCAUAAGGCAACAAAACUUCUUUAUGAGUCCCGGGACCAGUAG